AUGGACGCCGUAAAAUCGUUCAAUAUGGAGCUAUCGUCUCUCUACGAGGUGAAACCUCCAAUAUCCAAAGCGAAGAUGACCGCCCUAACUCGAGGCGCCAUAAAGGCCAUCAAAUUCUACAAACACGUAGUGCAAAGUGUGGAAAAGUUCAUAUUGAAGUGCAAACCCGAAUACAAAGUGCCUGGUUUAUACGUGAUAGAUUCCAUUGUGCGCCAAUCCAGGCAUCAGUUCGGCUCCGAUAAGGACGUGUUUGCGCCCCGUUUCGCCAAGAACAUGACCCAGACUUUCAUCAACCUGUUUAAAUGUCCCGCAGAAGAUAAAAGUAAAAUCAUUAGGGUGUUGAACCUUUGGCAGAAGAACCACGUAUUCCAGCCGGAGGUUAUCCAGCCACUGUUCGAUCUGGCCGAUCCGAACAAUCCCAUUUACAAAGAAUUGGAGAUAUCGAUGCAGCAACAAUCGGCGAACGGUCUAAACGCGAACUCGUCGUCGAUCAUCAAAGGUUCACCAGCCAUGCAAAGGACUCCCACCAAAGGAAACCAACAAGGAAAUGAGAGUCUACACGGAGCUGCGACUGCUUUGAAUUUAACCGAUCCAAGUGUCAUACAGCAAUUGCAACAACUUCAACGGCUCAUUUCGAAGAACGUAGAGAAUUCCUCGCGUUCUGAUCAAGUCCACUUCGACAAGAAGCUUUUAGAUUUCGAUUACGGCGAUGAAGAUGACGAAAUUCACCCGUCCCCAAGACAACAAGCAUCUUCGGAUGCCAUCCUGCCCGUUACAAACCUCUUGACGAACCCCGAAGUGCUCAGACAACUCCAAACUCUACAACAAACCAUGGCCAACGCCGUCCAACCCCAAAAUCAGGAAAUCGACUUGGACAAAAUGAGAAAAUUGCAAGAAAUGAAACAGCAGGAAGAUGAAUUCGACAAACAUCUCGCUCAAACAGUACCAAAUUUACCGUUCGCCGCCGAAUGCGAUUUCCGCGGCACGACGAACCCGGUAAUGGGCGGCAAUUACUUCGCGGACGGCGCGAUCCUGAACCCGCCGCCGCCGCUCUAUCCGCCCGACUUCGACGCGUCGGGCGUCCCGUCGUCGGAGAAGGGUCGCGCGCAGGACGACGGCGCCGACGUCGAGGUGAUAACGCUCGACCACGACGAUUCGCGCACGCCGACGCCCGAGGAGCGGUACAAGAAGAGGCGGCGCAGCCGGUCGAGGUCGCGCGACCGCCGCGGCAGGGACAGGGACAGGCGGCGGUCGCGGUCUCGAUCGGGUUCGAGGCGACGCAACCGGUCGAGGUCGAGGGAUCGCAGCGACCGGUUCAAGAAGGACAAGGAAAAAUCGAAGGAGGAGAAGGAGAAGGAGAGCGAACGGGAGAGGGAGCGGAAGAAACGGGGAUUGCCGGUCAUCAAAAAGGAUUGUCUAAGCAUUUGUAGUACAACUUUGUGGGUGGGUCACCUUUCGAAAUUGGUGCACCAGGACGAUUUGUCGAAUACUUUCGGCGAGUUUGGUGACGUCGUGAGUAUCGAUUUGAUACCGCCUAGAGGUUGCGCUUUUAUCGUGAUGUUGAGACGACAAGACGCCGCUCGGUGUUUGACCAAAUUGAAAGGGCACAAUCUACACGGAAAAUCUAUAACGCUGGCUUGGGCGCCCGGCAAAGGGGUGAAAGGCAAAGACUUGAAGGACUAUUGGGAGGGCGAUUUGGGCGUAUCGUACAUUCCCUACGCGAAACUGAAACCCGACAUCGACAUCGACAUGCUCGAAGACGGCGGCAUGAUCGACGAGGAAACCAUGCCGGCGUGGAUGAAGGAGAAAGUGGAAAGGAUGGGCAAGAAACCCAGCAUGGAGGGAUUGACCGGUUUCAUGCCGUCGGUGAGCGGUACUACCAUCGAUACCAGCCAACCGCCUCCGAUACCGGGAGCCGGUUUACUACAACCGCCACCUAUGAUGCCUCUCUUUCAAUUCAAUAAUAGAUUAUUGGGUAUGAACGUCCCACCGGGAAUGAUGCCUAGUCUAUCGAACAUGCCUAACAUCCCCAUUGGGGUACCGCCGCCCAAUAUGGCAGGAGCUCAGAUGAUGAGCAAUUCGUUAUUAGGUUUAGGAUCACCGUUUCAAGGGCCCAAACACCAUUUGCUCGGUCCGCCGAACAUCAUGCCGCCCCAAUUGCCGUCGCUCGAGAAAUCCGGCAUCAACGCCGACGCGACGUUGCACAAUUUGGGCAAGUCGCUGUUGAACAUCACGCAGUCGUUCGGCGUCGUGCCGCACCCGCCGGCGCCGCACGACGAUCCCAUGGACGUCGAGAUGGAGGACGCCGACAAGCCGGCCGACAAACCGGCGUCGUUCAACGAUCAAUUCGCCCGGGGCCGCGACGACCGGGACAGGCGGAACAGGAGCCGGGACAGGGACGUUAGAGACAGGGAGAGGAGUCGAGAUCGUCACGGGAGAGAGAAGGAUCGCGACAGACGGUACAACAGAGAUCCGCCGAGCCGUUCGAGGGACAGAGAUAGAAGGGACGACAGACGCGAUAACAGAGAGCAGCGCAACAACCGUUGGGGCGACAGAGAUAGACGGGAUAGAUCGAGCGAUCGAAGGGAAAGAGAGAAAACGCUGAACGAUAGAUUGCGAGAAAUGGCCGGUAUGGGCGGUUACGACGAUUCCAGGGAUAGAAAUCGAGAGAGAUUUAGAGAUAGAGAUAACAAUUUGAAGUUCGUGCCGCCGGCGCGCAGCAACGGCAGACAAGAUGAAGAAUUCGACGCGUUCCGGCAACGGGACAGAUUCGAUAGACGCGGGAAAAUCGACGACGGUCAAUCCGACGUCGAUAAAUCCAACGAAAAUCCGGACGCCGACGAGCAAUCGAAGGCGGACGACGGCAACAGAAAAGACGGUAGCAACGCAGACGACGACAAGGACGACAACAAAGACGUGAUGUCCGAGUGCGAAUUGAAUUCGGCGCAGGACGAGAGUUUGUUGGAUCAAGAAAGCGGCGAUGCGAAGAUAUCGGAAAUCGUGCUGGACGGUGACAUACCACCGGGCGUAGACGAACCACUCGACAACGAUCACAAUUUCUCGCAAAUACCAUUCGAGACACCUUUGAACUUCGAAGCCCUAUCUAGCAUCAUACAAGACGGACCUGCUCGAGGCAUGUUCAACGACGUGGACGGUCCGCCCAGAAGUAUAUUCGACGACUUGCGCGACGGGCCCCCGUUGAUGUUCGACGACAUGAGAGGCGGCAUGCGAGGCAGGGGACGCGGCGGCGGCGGCGGCGGCGGUCGCAGGGGACGCUACCCGAUGCGAAUGGACGGCCCGCCGGAUUUGUUGGACAUGCUGGAGGGACCGCCGAUGAUGGACGGGCUGCCGCCCGACGUCGACGCUCCGCAUUUGCUGUCGUUCAGAGACGAGCGGUUCUCGAGAGGCGGCAGGAGGCGGCCCGACGGCGAGUUCUUCCCGCCGAGGGAGGAUUUCGGCCCGAGGGGCCCGCCUUUGAUGCUCAUGCGAGGCAGAGGUAGAGGCGGACGAGGGCAGUUCUUUCCCAGGACUAGAGGUAGUAGGGGUGGUUUUAAUCCGCGUUUCGAAGGGCCACCGUUCGACGGUCCUCCAUUCGAUGGGCCGCUGUUUCCGGGUCCGCCUUUCGAAGAGCCGUUGUUUAGGGGUCCCAGGGGCGGCAGGGGAUUCAGGCACGGUCGUUUCGAAGAGAGGAACUGGAUGCGAUCGGGCGAGUUCAAGCAGCCGGCGAGAGGCGGCAGGAGGAGCAGAUGGGGCGGCGAGCAGGACGACGACGAAUGCUUGGAGGAUUCGAAGGAUUUCAACGAUCGGCCGCACGACGGUGAAGAAGGUGAAGGAGAAGGCGAUGAAGAAGAGGUGACCGGGGAGUUGGAACUGAUGGAUAGGAGGGAGCCCGUCGAGGAUGCGGGUGAUAAUAGUUUUGAGGCGAGUAACGAUGGUAAAAGUACGCCCGUCGUGGACGAGAGGCCGUUGGUGCAAGAACGCGAAGACGAGGAAGAUGUUGUUAAACCUCCGGGCACCGAAGAUGUGGUGGAGUAG